CAAUUUCAUAUGAAUUGAGCGGGGACAUGGAUCAUGCUAUUGAAACAUACGAAGGUGUAGAAAGUUUAGUUGCAGAAUACCCAAAUACGAAAUAUAAGUUAUGGAUUGAAUGGGCAGAGAUGGCUCUUUAUAGAGCAGUGCUGCUUGGAUUAACAAACAAAGAGUCUGUUGAGGUGCCUUCUUUACUCGGAUUUAUUCGACAAUACCAAAGAAUCACCAACACUCAAGCAAAUAACUGGCGCAUUGACAAGCGUAUGGUUCUCACACGACACUCUAUACAAUUUGUUUCCAAUAGCUAUCGCACAGGACAGUAUGUGCCACCUGGGAGUUCAUCAGAAGACGAUCAUGAGAUGUACAGACAAUCGUUCAUUGCGGAGCUAUCUCAGCUACAUGCAAUUUACGAAAAGAUGCUUUACAUGCAAGUACCGAUGCCAAGAGCGGGUCAAGUCAAUCAGCCAGUUUUGGAUUUUGUAGAUCAAUUGAUGGCUGAUUUUGAGCUAAUGGGCACAACCACUCAAGAUUUACGCGGUCUGAGAGAAGUUCUUGAUCGUGCAGCCCAGCGCACAUUCAAUUCUCCGAGUAUCACACGCCACUUGUACAAUACCCUGUAUCGAUUGGGAGAAUAUGAUGAAGCAGAAUACGCCUUACGAUCCUAUCUACAUCUCGUCGACUUAAUAUCUUACGACUGGACAGAGACGCAUAAAAAUGGAGACGCGCUUGCCAUUGAUCAAGACGGCAUAAGCAUGACAAUCCCAACAGCUAGACCCGAUCUGCCGGAGGAUGACGCGCAAGAUGAGAACGAUUGUAUUGGAGAUAUAAAAAAUGUAGAAAGUGAGCAAGUAUCUGAUAUGCUGCAGGUCUUGAUAACAGCCAUCAGAAUGUACUGUAAUGAUUUAGCAAAAAGCGUAGAUGCUGUAGAAAUGGCAGAGAUCGCAAAGGAGCUUUAUCAAAAAAACAAAACCAAGAUUUCAAUAAGUAUAGCCGCCUAUCUUCAUCGCGCUAUUGGUGUAGCCUAUGGACUUUUAGGAUGCCAAACUUUUGACCCCGAAGUUCGACCUAUUUACCAUGAAAAGGCAUUAUCAUAUCUUAAACAAUCUUUAGAGAUAGACAAUCAAGCAUGGGAGACAUAUUACCAACUUGCGCUACAACAGGCUGAGAUGCAUGAUAUAGGGCAAGCCAUCCAAUCGAUCACACACGCCUUACAGACAAACUCAUCCCAUUUACCCUCAUGGCAUCUACUCACCCUCAUCGUCUCAUGUCCUAUUCAAGGCGACUUUAAGCAGGCCCUCAAAACGUGUGAGAUUGGGCUUCAACAGGUCGAGUUAAAGGACGAUCAUGACGAAGCCGAACAAUUCAUAUUAUUCCAAAUGACACAUACUUGGCUACUCUAUGCAUUGAAUGGGCCCGAAGCUGCACUGACGUCCUCUGGAACCUUGUUUUCUUCUUAUGGUAAAAUCGCUGUUGUACCCGAAGCAUCACAGAGUAGUGGACAAGAGAUGAUCAUAUCAGGCUCAUUUGGUAACUUGAGUGAUCUGCAGGGACAAAAGAAGAACAGGGGAAGAAGCUCGAGUUCAGCGACAACAGCAACAGGGAUUAUGAAAGAAAACGGAUCAAGAUCGCAUGAUCUAUCCACUGCAUCUAUACGCACAGGUAGAGCUCGAUCGGCCUCAAACUUGGCGUCCAAGGCUCCUUCAUUGGGACCUAGUACAGGUCUCUUGUCAGUGCCUGAUACUGGUAGUACAGGCAGCAAACAUCAUCAUGGCUUGCAUUUGUUUGGCUCAAGAAGCACAAGUCAUAAGCCAAAGGGAACUGAAUCUCCUCAAGGCUCUGUGAAUGGUAAUAUGAGUGCACAGUCUUUGAGUGCGAUACCAUACGAUUCAAAAGCAAAUAACUCUGUCAGUUCAUUUCAAAGCGUCGCGCCAUCUGUCAUGAGCGGGCAAUCCAUCUUACAGCCAUCCUAUAUACCCAUGAAACCUACGAAACGAGCUAUUCUUAGAAAGCAAAGAUCUGAACGUAUCCUUUCUGACCUAUGGUUAUUGACAGCUCAGCUGUUCAUUAAGCUUGGUAAGCUAGAUGAAGCUAGAAAAGCGGUAGGAGAAGCAGAGCGCGUUGAUUGGACACAUAAUCCUAUGGUCUGGUGUGUACUUGGACAGUUAUUGCUAGCAGGCAAGAAGGAUAUUGAAGAAGCACAGGCAGCAUUUGAUAAAGCACUGGUGAUCGAUCCUCAUCAUGUCGUUAGUCGUCUUGAACUAGCAAAAUCUUAUUUACUACUAGAUAAUAAUCAAAUGGCAGAGGGGUUAUUAGAUAAUUUGACGAAAUCAAAUGGAUGGGAUUGUGCGGAGGCAUGGUUUCUCUUGGGUGAAAUCUGUAAAAAUACAGAUAGAUUAGAACGUACAAAAGCAUGCUUGUUUUAUGCACUAGAGUUAGAGUCAACAGCACCUAUUCAACCCUUUUCUAUUCUGCCACGUUUUAUUUAAAAUGGUAUCUUCUAUAUAUACAUUAAUGUCCUGGGUUAUUUUCUUUUACAUUCAAUCGUCUCAUUUCUUCAAAUGCUUUAGAAAAGAAGGGUUUGAUCUGAUUGAUCUCCAUCAAUGAUAAACGACUCAUUCCAAGCCAUUUAUCAUCAAGAUAUUCUAAACCUAUUCUUGCCUUCACUUGCCGUGUUUCUCUAAUAUUUUUUAGAAUGGUUCGUAUCUGUUCUACAUUUGGUACGUCGUCAGGGGCUGUUUCGAUCAAGAGUUGAGAUAUUUCCAUAUAAUGAAACGGUAGUCGACUAAACUCUUCUUCUUUUUCUUCUUCUUCUU